AUGAAUUCCCCACCAGACGCUCAGCAUGACCUUCCCCUCAUCGAUUUUACCUUUCACGAAAGGAUCCGGCAUUUCAUCGCCAGCGCACCACGCACGUUUGUGGGUGUGGGUGUGGUUGACGUAGAGGACCCAUUUUUCAUCUCCAGUGACAAUGGUGUCCGGCCAGUCGAAUCUGCGGCUUCUGGAGAGCAGCUGAGUGCAGAUGUUCGGGUGUCUUUGGCGGUUGCCGUUGCUCAACGCAUUUGGGAGCCAGUGACCGAGCUUUUCACCAUUCCGAGAGAUCACAGUCCACUGCUCAGGGUGGACACGGACAGCCAAGACUGGCAGCAAAAUGCCGCACACCUUCAUAUGGAUGUUGCUCCGCCAGACUCUUCAGUUAGUCGAACGAUAUUGCGGUCGGUCGACCAGAGCGAGGCUCAUCUUCGAGUUUCUUGUUUCCGGCUUUGA